CAUCCACAUUUCUAAAGAAGGAUUUUUUUCAAAGAAGAUCCAUGAAUAAUCAGGGGUUGCUGAAACACUUGUAAACUGAAUAUGUAUAAUAGCACUUCGUACAAAUCUAAUUAUUGAAUCACCUUAAUAAUAGAUUACAAAUGUCUUUAUUGUUGAGCUCAUAUGUCUAUUUUUUAAUAAUUUAGCAGAAUUGAGUUGAAAAUAUUGCUUAUUCUGUCAAUUACAUGUUUUUUGAUUAAAAUGUAAUUAAUUGCGAUUAAUCAAAAUGGCAAUGUAUUCACAAUAAGAAACUUUAAAAAAUAAUUGUGAGCAGCUUCAGCAGGUUUGUAAAAAAGCCAAUAUGGAUGAGUAGUUACGGCCUGCCUGUCAUAUUACCAGCAAAUAUACGUUUUUAAUAUUUUACCCUAAUCCAGUUGAUGUUCAGUUUCAGCUGAUCCCAAACUGCAAGACAGGUUUUACUGCUUAAAUUUUAAAUCUGAGGUAAGAAACUGGAGAAGACCUCACCUUGUAAUCAUGAUCUGUGUUUUUCUAGCUGUGGAUAAACGGAAGCAGAAGUCGACUGGACCCGAAGCAAAACGGUCUCGCUCCCAGUCUCCGAGCGUCUCUGUGAACCUGCAGCUGCCGCCGUUUAAUCCCAAAAACCCUCUGGGUAAGGAAUUUGUGAAUCCCACGUCUGGGUUUUUCUGCAGUUUGUGUUCUGUUUUUUACUUAAACGAGGAAACGGCCAAGGAAAUCCACUGCAGCAGCCAGGAGCACUACGACAACCUGAAGAACUAUUACCAGAGACUUCAACAAAAUGUCCAAGGCUCGCUCUCGGACUGAUCAGCUUAAACUGUAGAUCGUUUUCCUGGAACAUGAGGAACCACCGAAGCUUUCCAGCACCAUGAUGGACUGGACUGUAACUUUUUGUUUCUUUAUCUUUCUUAACCCUUUCAGUAUUUCAUCAGUUUUUUAUGCCUUCUUUAUACAUAAGUUAUAUAUUCCUCAGAUAAAAGUGGCAAAUAUACGUAUUUUGGAGUAGUUUGCUCCUAACUUAUUUAGGAAGAAAAACAACUAAAAGUUAUUGCUGACUCAAUAAAUUUUGAGAUAAACAGCCAAUAAAUGAAAUACUGUUUAUUAGUGUGGACUGUUCAAAUGAUAGAUUUAUUUUACAAAUCAAAAUGUUGCGUUACCAUUAACACAUUAAUUUGUCACUCAGUGUCACAGCAUAGUGCAUCAGUUUGAUGCAAAGUUGAGUUCAGUUUUAUUUAAACGUGACUUACUAACCGUUCCUGACUAGUGGAAGCUGCUGUUCUGCGUUUAGUUUUGUGGUUCUGAGACUCAGAUUUUGUUUAUGUUGUGACUUUUCUCUUUAAACAAGGGUCCAAUGUGUUGUUUUAUUUCUGUACAUUUAUUUAAAAAAUACAAUGAGAACUUAUUGUCACAUGUAAAGAAAUUCAUAAAGUGUAAUUAUCUGAUUUGACAGUUAAUUUUAGUCUGUGUGUGAAUGAAUAAGGAUCGAGUCAUUUUGAAUCCCUUUCUGUUGUGACUUCUGAUGACUGAGAUGAUUAAAAAUGAAUGAAAACAUCA